GAACUUGCAACGCUGCCAAAGGAUAGUUUACCUGCCUUAGCCUUGGGCUUCCCUCAGCCUUAGGCUCGUUGCCAGGGAAGCAGAAUGGGGACAGGGAGUGAGCAGGUGUAAGGGGUACAUGUGAAUGGUCAUCUCAGCGAGCGUUUGUGUGAAUCUCCAUGUGCAACUGGAAAGGAUGUCGGAGGGGAGUUCAGGCAACGACGCUGGAAACCCAGGCAGCCUCCGGCCUGGACUCACUGGGGCACGGGGGCUGAUAGGGAGGAGACCUGCCACCCCCAUUACCCCUGGGCGCCUCCCCUCCAUCCGUUCCCGAGACCUUACCCUUGGAGGAGUAAAAAAGAAAACUUUCACCCCCAACAUAAUUAGCAGGAAGAUCAAAGAAGAGCCAAAAGAGGAUAUCUCCAUCAAGAAAGAGAAGAAAGAUAGAGAUCGGGAUCGGCAACGAGAUGGCCAUGGGCGAGGCAGAGGGAGGCCGGAGGUCAUUCAGUCCCACUCCAUCUUUGAGCAAGGCCCAGCAGAAAUGAUGAAGAAGAAGGGCACCUGGGAUAAGACUGUGGACAUGUCAGACUUUGGACCUUCCCACAUCAUCAACAUAAAGAAAGAGAAGAGGGAGACGGACGAGGAGACCAAGCAGAUCCUGCGUAUGCUGGAAAAGGAUGAUUUCCUUGAUGACCCACGCUUGAGGAAUGACAUCCGGAACAAGCCAGUUCAGCUGCCCCUGGCCCACUCAGGCUGGCUGUUCAAGGAGGAGGGCGAAGACCAGGAAGAUGUGAAGCCUUUGGCCACCAGCACCAAGGAAGAGAUGAUGGAAGUGGAUUUGCCUUCAGUGAAAGUGAAAGAGGAGCCCCGCGAUGAGGAGGACUCAGAGGAGCCACCGGCAGUUGCCAAGCCAUCUCAGACAAAGGCACCUCCCAGCUACCCACAAGACAUCUCCGUGGCAGAGUUGCUGCAGAGUCUGAGCCUGACCAAGGAGGAGGAGCUGGUCUUCCUGCAGCUGCCGGAUACACUCCCUGGACAGCCGCCCACGCAGGACACCAAACCCAUCAAAACAGAGGUGCAGAAUGAGGAGGGACAGAUGGUGAUGGUGAAGCAGGAGAAGAACCAGGAGGCCAAGCAGGCUGAGAACAUCUGCACCCUGGGGGACCUGCCAGAAGGGCAGGUGGGGAAGCUGCUGAUCCGCAAAUCAGGAAAGGUGCAGCUGGUUCUGGGCAAAGUGACUCUGGACGUGACCAUGGGGACCCCCUGCUCCUUUUUGCAGGAGCUGGUAUCUGUGGGCAUUGGAGACAGCAGGACUGGAGAGAUGAUCAUCCUGGGACACGUGAAGCACAAGCUGGUGUGUUCCCCAGACUUUGAGUCCCUGCUGGAGCACAGGCAUCGAUAAGAGAAAGGAAAGAAGGGGCGGAGUUCUCUGUGGGAUUCUCCUCUCCUUGGUGGAGGUUCAGCCCAGAGGUGGGCUGCUCCUCUUGUCUUCCUGGGAUGUCCAUCCCAGUUCAGGUUCUGUUCUGGCUACGGGAAGCAGGUGCAUGUCAGAGGAGAGUUUCCCACUGGGGCCGUGCAAUGCCCUCUGUGCCACUACGCUGCCCAGGGGCAUCUUGCUCUUAGAAGCCUCCCAUCCAUGUUCUUUGCUGACUGUGCCCAGAGCGAGGGGAGUUGGGAGGGCUCCUCCCCUCCAGCUGUAGCUAUAAACAAGAAUUACAGGGGACAAAUGCACUCCUGUCCCCAUCGGCACAAGUAUGUGUAUGUUCCCACCCUGUGUAUAUAGAAAAGCUACAGUGACUCUAGCCUCUGCCUGUGGACCUAGCUCUGGACUUGAGACAACUGGGGUUCGGGGUUCAAGCACAGGUGGGGUGUGCUUUUGGUACCAGUGAGGGAGAUUUCCUUCCCCACUCCUGACUGUAUAUGAACCUGCAGCAUCUUACCAUGUUCACCUGCCUUGCACUGGCAGAGUCCCUGCAUCCAGCCGCCACCAUUGGGCUGAAGGAGGACUGGUCCAGGAGGCAUGACAAAGCAACUCAAGCUGCUUCCUUCUGCUCCCUGUGGUUGAAUGAGCUGCCUCUUUCACCCUCCCAAGCCCUGCUGGGAAAAGCCCAGAAGCCAAGCCCAGGGCCCCAUCCUGGAGACUGUUAAACUUUUGCCAGUGGUUUCCCUUUGGCCAGAGAUAUAAAGUGAGCUGUUCCUAUGGGGUCUCUGAUCUGCCUGUCAAUACCCAGGCUGAAAUUCUGCCUCCUUAGCUGUAGCAGCCUGUAUGUGUCUAUAGGAUGUUCACACUGCAGUUAGACACCCUUGGCUGGCCCAUGCCAGCUGACUCAGGCUCUGUCUAAAGGGUUGUUUAAGUGCAGUGUAGCCUUGCGGGCUUGGGCUGAGCCUGGGCCCUGGGACCCUCCCAUUCUCAGGGUCCCAGAGCCCAGGCUCUAGCUCAGGCCCACAAGUCUACACUGCACUUAAAUAGCCCUGCAGCCUGAGUCAGCAGGCACAGGCCAGCCACAGGUUUUUAUUUGCAGUGUAGAUACCCUAAGGCCGUACUGCUCUUUAGAAGGGGUAUGCAGUCAUUCAAGGGCUUGCUUUCACAUCACCCGGUGACUGCCCAGAGAGAGACACUGCCUCUCAUCCUUGCGUAAGUAUUCCUUUAAAAGGCUAGGCCCUGUGCCCAAUAAAUGUGUGAUAUGGCUUUGUGGGUGAAUUUCCCUCAUCUGUGAAGCUGCGAGACCUCUUUGCCAAUGUCCAGAUAGCACUUUGAACUCCUAAAGUGCUGUCCAAGUGCGAAGUGUGUGUUGUUUAAAUUUUCCAGCCUGCACCGCUUGAAAGCCAUGGAAUAAGGUGCCAAUAACUUUAUCAGCUGCCAGUCUUGCUUUUGGGAGUUUAAUAUAUUAAAAUGUAGCCUUGGUCCAAAAUGCAUUCAGCACCCUUCAAGCUCCCCCACCUGGCUGUUGAUGUAACAAGUUCCCAGUGCAUUCAUUGUAUUAUUGAGGCUGUAGAGAAACAGGAUGGCCAACACCACCUGUUUAAUGACCGCUUAGGUUCUGGAGUACUCCACAGAAACCAGCUAAUUCCACCUCUUCUGCUGAGUCUUCAGACACCCCUAACUCCUCCCCAGGUUUAUGUGAGCGGCUAAAGAUAGCUGUCUACCUCCCACAACUGCUUGUGCCAAUGAAGUGGUUUCCCACUGGGGUAGUUGCUCUUGGAAGACCCAGCAGCUUGUCUGUGUGGUCUCUGUGUGGUGGAGCCAAUGGAAAGAGCUGCACUUGCUGCAGUGUGGUGUCAAGGCUGCUAGAUUAUACCGGGAGCAUUGCAUGGGUUGCGUGUGGAAAUCAAAGUGGAAUAAAACUGCUUCCGUGUGCACACGUGGUA